GUUUCGUCCAGACCCGAGUUUUGAAGUUUGUUAUCGAAAAUAGUGUGGAUCGGCCUUUAUUGCUCUGUUGCAUUAUGGGGCGAUGAUUGCCGAACAUACGGUGUGCGCUGGUAAAUGGUAGCCCUUUUCUAAGUCGACAACAUGGGUAAACCACGUGGAAUCCGGGUGGCCCGAAAGUUGCGCACCCUUCGUCGUGAGCAAAGAUGGCAUGAUAAAAAAUACAAAAAGGCCCAUUUAGGAACUGCUCUGAAAGCCAACCCUUUUGGUGGUGCAUCACAUGCAAAAGGAAUUGUGUUGGAAAAAGUUGGUGUUGAAGCCAAACAGCCAAAUUCUGCCAUCAGAAAGUGCGUCCGUGUACAGCUUAUUAAGAACGGCAAAAAGAUUACUGCAUUCGUACCUAACGAUGGUUGCUUAAAUUACAUUGAAGAAAACGAUGAAGUUUUAGUCUCUGGAUUCGGUCGUAAAGGACAUGCCGUCGGUGAUAUUCCUGGUGUUAGAUUUAAAGUUGUCAAAGUUGCCAGUGUGUCGCUUUUAGCUUUAUUCAAGGGAAAGAAGGAAAGACCAAGAUCUUGAUUUCUUAAAAAAAAAUAGACAAAGUUUGAAAA